CAUCCUGAAGAUCAACUCUGAGGUCAACUGCCCCCCACACCAACACAACUCUCUCAUUUUCUCAGUUCUGAAUUGUGAUAAGUUUUGGCGAUACACUCAUACCCCUAUGGCCCUAUGUUUUGGAACAACACGAAUUAGCUAUGACUUUUACGUUUGAGGACAAUGGCAUCAAAGGGUUUAUUGCAAACUGAAGAGUUGUACAAGUAUAUUUUGGAAUCUAGUGUUUUCCCACGUGAGCCAGAGCCUCUCAAGGAGUUAAGGGAUGUAACUGCUAAUCAUCCAAGGAAAUUAAUGGCUACAGCACCGGAUGCAGGUCAGAUCAUUACCAUGCUUCUACAGCUAGUAAAUGCUAAGAAGACUAUCGAGAUCGGAGUCUUCACCGGAUACUCCCUUCUACUGACAGCGCUUUCGAUUCCUGAGGAUGGGAAGAUAACCGCUAUUGAUAUAGAUCGAGAUGCAUAUGAAAUCGGAUUACCGAUAAUUAAGAAAGCCGGCGUUGAGCACAAGAUUAACUUUGUGGAGUCCGAGGCUUUGCCGAUUCUAGAUCAGCUCUUGACUGAUCAUGAGAAUGAAGGGAGUUAUGACUAUGCAUUUGUUGAUGCCGACAAAGUUAACUAUUGGAAUUACCAUGAGAGGCUAUUGAAGUUGUUGAAGGUUGGUGGGAUAGUAGUCUAUGAUAACACUCUCUGGGGAGGCUCUGUUGCGAAGAAUGAAAAUGAGACUCCGGAAUUCUACAGACCUGGCAGGCAUCUGACAAUCGAAUUCAACAAACAAAUUGCAGCCGAUUCUCGAGUCCAGAUUUCGCUUGCUCCAUUUGGGGACGGCAUCACCAUAUGCAAGCGUAUCAUGUGAAAAAGUCUAGUGAUGCCAAGGUUCAAAUGUGUAUAGUUUAGCUUAUGAUGAAUCUAAUAAAAAAGACCACAUAUGUGAAUGUGGAUGAUCUGCAGUUUAUGGUAAUAAGAAUAAAGCAAAGAUGGAGGAUUCAGGAUUGUCAUUCAUAAGAAACAUGAUAAGA